UGUGUGCAACUCUCUCUACAGGAGACAUUAGAAAAGCACCAAGAGUGUCUAAAGAGGCAAAGGGAAGCAGUGAAAUACAGACUGAAAAAACUGGCAGCACGACAAUCAGAAAUCGCAAAAAGGUCCUCAGUGAUAAGGGAGAGCAUCAUACGAAAAUAUCAGGAGAUCCAGGCCAUGCUGGACAAGGACCUGAGGACGACCCUGUCCCACCUGGAGAUGGAGGAGCGGGCUGCUGUCUCUGCCCUGGAUGGGCUGAUGGAAAAUAACUUUUCUCUGAUCCAGGAGAUAGAGCAGGACCUGGCCAGACUCACUGUGGCAAUGGACCAGACUGAAAAAGAGCCUGAUACAAUGUCUUUCUUUUCGUACCCUGAGCAGCAAGACAUGGAGACAGUGGACAGAGUGAUGGACCUGCUAAACAGGACAGACCCGAGCAGUGUGAGCCUGGACGAAGUUAAAGCUGACCAGAUCCUUGGCCUCACCAACAACAUGCUUCUGCUUAUCAGCUCACAGACCCCUAUAAUCAAGAAACUCACCAAGAGUUAUUCCAGCGAGGUGUGUCUGGACCCAGAGACGGCUCACCCAAAGCUGAUCAUCUCCCCCCAAGGUGACAGUGCCACCUACACAGACACCUGGCAGCAACUUCCUGACCUCCCUGGGCGCUUUGACACCACCCUCAAUGUCAUCAGCUUGCAAGGAUUCAGCUUUGGUCGCCAUUACUGGGAGAUUGAUGUGACUGGGAAGACUUACUGGGAGCUAGGCAUCACCUAUCCAAACAUUCCCCGCAAGGGCACCACUGAGGUCUGCUGGCUGGGCCGGGGGGACGAGUCCUGGUGUGUGGAGUUCUUUGAUGGGGAGUAUACAGCCUGGCACGGAGGUGUGCCCCAUCAGCUGCCUUUAACAAAAAGCUUCUGUCGGAUUGGUGUGUUGUGUAGUUUCCCUGCAGGGAUGGUGACGUUUUUUGAGGCAGACAACAUGACGCCAUUAUUCUCCUUCUGUGCCGGAACCUUCUCAGACUGCCUCCACCUGGCCCUGUGUCCUGGUCAUGACCACAAUGGCACCAAUGCUGAGCCUGUUGUGAUCUGUAAUGCUCCAUCUCCUUCCAGUGAUCUCUGAUUAGUGGCUCCACAGAAAAGUAAUUCUUUGCUAAAGCACCAUUUUCUAAUAAUGCACCAAUUGUAAAGGUUUAUAAUUAAACAACACUAAGAAUCUACAGCUAUGCUAGCAGCCCUGUGAGGCUUAACACACAACGUUUUGAGCUAAAGGCUAACAUCAGAAUGUUCACAGUCACGCUAACAUGCUAAUGUUUAGCAGGUUUAGCAUGCUAACAAUUGCUAAUUAGUACAGCUAGAGCUGAUACAAUUUUGCUAUUCAGGUAUACUAUUCGGUCAUGAAUAAAAAGUACAGGACAAAUGAAAUGUCUGAUCUGAUGAUGGUGCUACAAGAAGUCAGCAGAGCAGCAAAGUUGUUGAAAUUUAUCCUGACCGGGGCAUGGAUGUCUGUUCCAAAUUUCAUGGCAAGCCAUCCAAUAGAUGUUUGAAACAUUUUACUUAAACCCACAAAUGACAAACACAUGGUGUUGCCACAAUACAAGUAGGAUUCGUCCUAUGGGGACCAUGAAUGUAUGUGCAAGUCAGUACAGUCAGACAGUAGAGGAAAUGUCAUAACACCAAAUUCAUUCGCAAUUCAUCCUUUGGACACUGUGGAUAUUUGUACAAAAUUUCAUGACAAACCAUUUUUGUUCACAUAUUUCUAUGAAAGUCAAAAAUGUCAUCUUCAUGGUAGCUCUACAAGAAAAGCCAAGGGAUCACCAAAGUCAGGAGGAUUAAUCUUCUGGGGACCAUGAAUGUCUGUACAAAGUUUUAUGGCAAUCCUGUUUGAGAUAUUUUAGUCUAUAUUAGUGAAUCUGUCAGCUUGUAAAAUGUCUGGCUGGCUGGUGUUUCUCCUUUGUAUUUGAUAAUAAUAUGUUAUAAAUGUUAAAAAUCCAAUUUUA